UGAGGAAAUGGACCGGUGGAAUAGGUGGAACUACGAUCUGUGAGGUGAAGCUGAGGGGGAAAGCUGUGGAAUGGCGGACGGUUGGUACGGUUCGCUUCGGUGGUGAAGAGCUGAGUGGAAGCACGUCGAAGAAGGCGGCCGUAGGCGGAGCCCUGUUUGAAGCUGAUCCACCAUGCCAUUAGUAACAAGAAAUAUUGAGCCAAGGCACCUGUGCCGCCAGACAUUGCCCAGUGUUCGGAAUGAGCUGGAAUGUGCGACCAACAUCACCCUGGCAAAUGUCAUUCGACAGCUGGGCAGUUUGAGUAAGUUUGCGGAGGACAUAUUCGGAGAGCUAUUUACGCAAGCAACCACAUUUUCCUUUCGAGUCAGCUCUUUAGUUGAGAGAGUUGAUCGCCUUCAGAUGAAAGUUACUCAGUUGGAUCCCAAGGAGGAAGAAGUGUCAUUGCAAGGUAUUAACACCAGGAAAGCCUUUAAGAGCUCCACGACUCAGGACCAAAAGCUCUUUGAGAGAGAGUCUGCCCCUCUGCCUGUCCUUGAAACAUACAAAACUUGUAAUAAACCACCACCUCUUAACAUUCUAUCUUCAUACAGGGAUGAUGGCAAGGAAGCACUUAAAUUCUACACAGAUCCAUCAUAUUUCUUUGAUCUUUGGAAGGAGAAAAUGCUGCAGGAUACCAAGGAUAUUAUGAAAGAGAGACGGAAGCAUAGGAAAGAAAAGAAGGAUAAUCCUAAUAGAGGAAAUGUAAAUCCUCGGAAGAUAAAAAGCCGAAAAGAAGAAUGGGAAAAAAUGAAAAUGGGUCAAGAGUUUGUUGAUACAAGGGAAAAACAUGGACUAGGAGGGUACCCUCCUAACAUGGUGUAUCAGAAUGGUAGCAUUGGCUCCAAUGAGAGCGUUGAUGCUACCUACUAUCCACCUCCUCCACAGCCAGAAUCAGCUUCACCAUCACCUCCUCCAAUAUUCGAUGAUAGUCUUCCGCCACCACCAGCAGAAUUUAGUUAUCCACCUAGCCAGAGUGUUUCUGGAGGGCUGAAGAAAUCCAUCCUCGUCAGCCCCAGCCAUCCUCCACCAGAUCCUCCUAUUAGUUCACCCCUGGGAACCAGACCCGGCUUUGCCCCACCUCCUGCUCCACCACCGCCACCACCGAUGGAGGGAGUUCCUCCACCACCUCCACUUGCCAGCUUUCCAACUCCUGGCAGUCCUCCUCCUCCAUCUCCACCCUCCUUUCCUCCUCACCCAGAUUUUGCUGCCCCUCCACCCCCUCCACCUCCAGCAGCAGAAUAUGCCGUUGUGCCAUCUCCCCUGCUAUCACAGCCCACAAGUGGGGUGCCACCCCCUCCCCCUCCUCCCCCUCCUCCUGGCCCACCCCCUUUAUCUUUUGGUGGCAUGGGUGUUCCAGAGGCUUCUGUUCAACAACCCGAUUUGGUGCCCUCCAAGCCAAAAUCCUCAUUGCCUGCUGUUAGCGAAGCUAGGAGUGACUUACUUUCUGCUAUUCGUCAAGGAUUCCAGCUCCGUAAAGUUGAAGAACAGCGUGAACAAGAGAAGCGAGAUGUUGGGGGCAAUGACGUGGCAACCAUUCUCUCACGCCGCAUUGCGGUAGAAUACAGCGAUUCAGAGGAUGAUUCAUCAGAGUUUGAUGAAGACGAGUGGUCUGAUUAAGCCCCUGCACACUCCCAAUAUGGGGACAGAGGCGGAUAAGAUGGAGAGAAAACGGCCAUCGCUUCCCAGAAUGCCAAAUUUUUUUUUCUUUCUUUUCAUCCAAUAACCAAAGAUUGAUCUUCCCGACUUCCAAAUAACUGCCUUCCCUCCCAGUUGAUGGGACUUAUACAUCCUUCCAAGAAAGAAGGAAAAUGAACCCUAGAUUUCCAGAUUCUCAGGUUACUAUGAAAAUAUAUAUAUAUUGUUAAAGAUUUUCUUUGGUUUAGGACUAAAUUUGCAGCUCCUGGUGCAAUCAGGAAGUGUUGUUUAAGAUGACAGGCAUGUUGAACAGCAACAAACUCGCAAGUAGUACUAAUUUCCUUUGCAACAGUAUGUGGAGGCAUUGGAAACACUGUAGUAAGCUGGUGAUUCACCUUUAUCCGUCAGAUAGGGUAUAAUUUUAAAUUUCUGCUCCCACCAGCCCUAACAAUAGUUUAUUUAUGCUAAAUUUGGAAUGUAUUAAUUUAGGUUGGAGUUUAAAAAACACUGUACCAUGUACAUAACAGGAUCUUCUAAAAAUUUUAUCUCUUCCCCCCUCAAUGCCUGUUAAAUCAUAGAAUGAGCCUGGGAACAGGGAUCCUUUCUGCUUGACCCAUAGUACCACUUAAGUUUUUAUAAUGAUGAUGGAAUUUAGUAUAUGCAAAAUUAGGAAGAAUGUCCCUCCGUGUGCCUUGAAGACAGAACUUUAAGCACUGGACGUGGUCUUGCUUUGUAAUCAGAAGACUUUCAGAUUCUCAGUUCAUUAGAAGGUCCUACAUGAAUCAAAUUAUCUGUAAGUGCUUUUUUUAAAAAAGCAAGCACAUUAUGCUAGAAACUGAGAUGUGGUAAAAUCAAGCGAUGCCCCCUCUUUAGACACCACAUGGGACUUUUGAAGUGUCCAUGGACCAACUUGGCCAUACGUAAUAUAUGCCCAGUCUUCCUUAUUAUUUUGCUUUAAUCCUUCAAUAGUUACCACAGAGUUAUUUCAGCAUUGUUGGAGCCUACAGAGCCUCAACUUCAGUUACAAAAGUGGUUUAUUGACAAAUUUACUUUGGGUUUUACCCUACCAGCAUUCGAUAUACAUAUUUCAAAUAGCCUUUUUUUGGAUUUACUUCGCCAAGAACUAGUAUACAGAAUGUCAAAGGGCAGCCGCCUAAAUUUAUCCAGGCACCCCACUUACUGGAACAGUGCUAUCACUUUAAUCAGAGUGAUGGUUUGAAUAGGGAACAUGCCUACCUAUUUAUUGGUUUGAAAAUCUUUGCCUUGCCAUAUGCCUUGUUGGCCUUUUCUUAAUAGGAUGUGCCUUGUAACAGCUUCUAUACCCCAAAGAGUGUUUGUUUUCUUGCUUUUAUCCUUACAGAUCUUUAUUCCAUGUCCCUGUUUUGUUUUGAGCUUCUGGUGCCAUGGCAAUAUAAGUGGAGCUUUUCUUUAGCCAGAGGAGGACCAAACUUUCAGAAGUAGGCAGAAAGUCUAAAUUAUCUUGGAGAAAUUCCUUCUGUUUGGUGAUUGCCUUUGAGGCACUGAACAGUUUUGAGCAUCUGAUUUGAGUGCAUAAAGGAUAGGCCGAUGGGUAGUUUACUGAUAAAUUAUAAAACCUUUCAAAAUUUCAAGAAUGACCCCAAGGCUCAUUAGUAACCCAGAAUUAAUAUUCAACUACUAAAAGUAGUGGCUAGCUUAGAAUGAAAUGACAGAACUUGGUCUGUUUUUUGAUUUGCCUGGCAUUUCAUACACAGCAAAACCUUUAACUUUGCGUGACUGUAAGUAAUAAAUCUCUGUGAAUGGUUCCUCCUAACGAGAGCCACAAGAACAUAAAAAGGCCUCCAGGUGUGCUUUCAGAAUAAACGGUUACCCAGACACGGUGCCAAGAAAACUACAUGGCUGUGCCAAUGAAAUUAGGGAGCCUUUGUAUUUAGUAUAACUUAUUUUCCUAGUUAUCCCCAUAAAUGAUUUUUUUGCAGAUUGACUGUAUCAAUUUAUCAUCAAUGUGCUGCAUAAGGAUAAUGGGCAUUCUUAAUAUAACAUUUAAAUAGAUUUGACUUAAGGUUGACUUCUAAGUUUGAAAGUGGUGCUAAUUCUUUCUGUGUUCUUUGAGAGGUGGGUGUCCUGUACAGAGAGAGUAGUUUAUCUUGUCAGCUUUUCACAACCUGAUGCCUCUCACUUAACAGCUUUUAAAUUGCUUGCCUAGGUUUACUAACAACUGAAAAUAAAGGGGUUGUACUCAAACAUAGUUGUACUCAAACAUAUCUGCACAUUCUGAAGGUAGGGAUGAGUUCAGAUGCUAGUUAGUAAAAAGCUUGAAGUUAACUCCUUUCAAUUUAAAUCCCUCUUAUUGCUCUUUUGCACUUUUAAGAGGUGUGACAACCUGCUGGAAAACAACAAGUUGUUACAUUGAGCAUCAUGUUCAAUGAACUGCUCUGAAAAAAAGUUGUUUGAGAAACAGAAAACCAGUCUAACACCUUAUCCAACCAGAUGGGCCACAGUUAUCAGCCAUGCUAUAGAGUCGCUGCCUCACUUUCUGCUCCAGUUUUAAAUAGAUCUUCUCCCUGAAACCAUCAAGACAUUCAUGCUUGUUGUGAAGCAUCAAAGUAGAUUUGAUUCAUCUCCAAAAGAUGGCUUUAGUCUUGCUAUUCUGAUUUUAGAAUAGUUAAUUGAAGUUAAUCGAAGAUGUUAGUUAAUUGAAAUUAAUGGAAGAGGCUGUACAGAUUUCAUUCUCUCGAAUUAGUUGGGAUAUUUGAGGGUUUCUUAUAGCAUCUAAACAGCAGGAACAAUUGCUUGGUUCAAUGGAAGAAUAGGGUGGAGAAGAAAUCCCUCUAGAACAGGGGUCUCCAAACUUGGUCGCUUUAAGACUUGUGCACUUCAACUCCAAGAAUUCCUCAGCCAGCACGGCUGGCUAAGGAAUUCUGGGAAUUGAAGUCCACAAGUCUUAAACGGCCAAGUUUGAAGACCCCUGCUCUAGGACAACAAUGCUACUGCCUGAUUUCUACAGAAAGCCCACCCAUUAUUUAAUUUCCUUUUCUUUUCCUUUUGCAUCACAGCUUCUGAGCAAACUAGUUUUUCAAAGUUUUUUUCUUUUUAAAUUAUUUUAAGUUCUUGAUUGUGCCACUGGGUCCAAAACCUUUUUCUACAAUGCUGGGUCCAAAAACUUUUCUACAAUCUUCGAAGAUUGACUUCUUUCCUUCUCCAGCACAGUUGACCACAUCAUGAGGAAGGACCCUUCAAAAUCUCAGAGGUCAUAAAGCUUCGUCAAGCAGGCAUUUGAGUAGAGAGAAAGACUUAAAAUAUGCCUCUUGAAUCACACAGCUGGGGAGAAGGAUGCUGUGUCCUUUUACCAGGCUGCUUUACUACAGAGACUCUGGAGUCUGCUCUGCUUGAUUUCCUUUUUAAACAGAAUUUUGAAGUGGGGAGGGAGAGAGUGACCUUUUCUUUCCUUAUUGCACCUUUUAACGUGAUUCAUUUUAAAUGAUUUCAAAAACUAACAAUGUUUAUGUAGAAUAAGUUGACUUCUAUAAGUGCCUUAUUUCAUAAAAUAUAUUUAUGUAAGAGUAAUUAUUUCAAAUGUAUCAUAAGGUCAUAUCUAAACAAAAUAUGGAAUGUUGAAGAAAGUGUUCUUUUAACAAAGUUCUCUUAAAUGGUCAGUUUGUAAAAAGAGAUCAAUAGAUAUACCUUAAUUAACUGCAGGAGGAGAUGGUUAUGAACACAGUUGUUGGUUUUAUCAAUAGAGACCAAGAACGUUACCUGUUCCAGAAUAUAAGAGCAAGUGGUAUGAUUUCUCUAGGUGUUUAUCAGUGUACCCUUAGACAUUUAGUGAAAAUGGGCAACCGUUCUAUGAUAUGCUGAAAGUCUGCUUUACUAUAAACUCAGCAGUUGUGGGAAUUGGCUGUUGGUAUGAAUUCAAAAAGCCUUAAACCUAAAGCAAAAAGUGCUGUGGUGACCUCAGUCUUGUUUAUGCUAGAGGUCAGUGAUCCUCAGGUUGUUUCUGUACAGCCUGAUUAUCAGUACCGAAUUCUGCCUGGCAUGUCUUGGGUGAAGUGGGAGAAGCACAAUGGAGACUGGAAUUGUUGCUUCUCUUCCACACACUCAUGCAGAGUUUGACUCUCCAUAUUCUUUUUACUGUCCCUAGUUGCUAUUUUUAAUCCAAAUCUUUAAAAAACUACUUUUAUAAUCUCUUUCGUUUUGUCUGUCUUUCCUUGAGGGACUUCUUGUAAAGUAUAUGUGAUUAAACAAAACUUUACCAUAUAAACUUUAAAGAAAUGAGAAAUCCUUUCUAGCCAUUGUGUUAUGUUUAGGGUUGGAUUAAUCGGUCACUUUCUCUAAUGCUCGGUUAUAAUCUGUUACUGCCAUUCACAGGAGAUCUUCUUUUCUUGCCUAUGUCUCCUGGUAUAUCUACAACUUAACAAUUAUGAAUGCAUAUGUGCUUUUUGUACACCCUUUCCCUCGCCCUGUGCGUUGUUACACUGGUGAGAAUUUCAUUGGAAAAUUCAGUGCAGCCCGAGGACUGCAAGAUAGCUGUUCCAGUUUAUAGGAGUGAAAAAUAUCCUCUUCCUUAGUAUCACCUUGCAAAUCUUGGUCCUGCUGUUCUUUUUCACCUUCUUUUAAAGUCACUUUUUAUCUGCUGCCCUAAAGAUCAGAAGUUUACAGUUAAAGGAAUAUUGUGUGGUAUUUGGCAGUCAUUUUGGCAUCCUUCCUUACCACAUUGGAUGUGCCUGGGCAAUGGAUUGGCUUAACAUGUGGGUUCUACCUACUUCAGUCGACAAACCCUCUGCCCUGGUUUAAGAAAACAUUUGGAAACAUUGAUAAGUUUUAUGGAUAGUCCAUUUAUAUGGCAGAGAUCCUUGAUUUUAGAAAAUCAAAAGGUAGAUGAAAUUGUUCAGGAUUAAUAGAUAUCUGGGGUUAAAAAAGUCUUUUCCUUGGGAGGAUAUAAUGCUAAGUAUUCAUUUUGUUCUAAAGACAUUGAAAGAAGCUACCCAAUAACUUCCAGUUUUUCUCUCCUGAUCCACAAUUCAUCACGUUUUCACAACUUAACUGCAAAUUCUUUUGGGGACUCUACUAUAUGUGAAUUUGAUAGGAAAUAUUUGUUCAAAUAUUUUUGCACGUUUCAUAGCAAUAAAUGUGAUUGAUUGAUUUUUUUUCCUGCCAGAAGAAAACAAAUCCAUUUUUAGGUGAGUGAAGUUCAUUAGAACUGGAGAUAAAUGCAGUUAAUAUGUAGAAACCCUAGAAGAAUUGUUGAUACAACAAAUGGAAGUUGAGCAUAUUCUGGAAAUUAUAACUUCAAAUACAAACGUUUUCUGCCUUGGGUCUACAAGCAGCCUUCACUUUACAACCAUAAUUAAGCCUGACAAUUAAGGUGGUAAGUCAUGACAGUUAUAAAGUGAGUCAUUAUGUGAUCGAUUUUAUGACCUUUUCUGGUAGUUAAGUAAACUGUUGUGGUCAAGCCAGCAUUCCAUUUAAGCGGAUGCCAUGGUAAUUAAUCCUGUUCUCCAUGGGUCAUUUUAUGGCAAAAUGUGGGUCACAAUCACAUGAUGCUGCAAAUGGUCGUACGUGUGAGACAGUUGCUGAGUGCCCAAAUGAAGUCAUGUAACUGUGGGGGAAGACCAUGGGAACUUUAGGAUAAGUAGGAUAAGUGAUAAGUAGGAGUUUUUUGGGGGGGGUCUGUCAUAACUCUAAAUGGUCAUUAAGCAUUGGGUUGUAAGUUGAGUCCCACCUGCAUUAGAAUUGUUUUCUGCAUGUUGGAUUGAGAUUCUUAUGUCCUUUCCCCAUGUUUUGUUCAAAAUAUCCAUAAUUGAUAGGCCUUUAAUCUGGUAUAAAUAUGAUUAAUGGGUAUGCAACCCAAUCCAAUCAUGUUCUGCUUUUAUUUUAUUUUUAUAUGAAUGCUAUAAGGACAUAAAACUUUAUUGAAGUGAAGCCAUGGCACAUCUAGCCUAAUAUCUGAUGUCAUGGCAUGAGCAGUCUUCUACAUCUUGAUAGGUCACCAUCGAAAACCUUUGUCACAUGAAGUGGUAGUAAAUAAUGCCAUUUUAAUGCUUAAAUAAUUACUGUAUUAUUUUCCUCAAAUUUGCCAUAAUUAACUUCAUAGGGUAACUUAUUUCAGCGUAACUGUGGGCAGGGAGGGUAAAUAACCCAUUUUUGUUUUAUUUCUUUCAUGCUUUUACUCUCUUAAAUUUAAAAAUAAAACAGUCCUUUGCCCCUUCUCUCUACUCUUCAUGGAAAUAAAUGGUUAAAAAUAUACUGUGUGUGUUUUCAACAUUUUCAAAAAGAAAUAUUGUUUCACAUGAAGCAGUAUCCUGGUGCCUUUAAGCCUGGGGCCUGCUUUUGUGAGCCAGUUUGGUGUAAUGUGGAAGACAUCAGGCUACAAAAUGGGAGACUGGCUUGUCCUGUUUUGACACAAAGCCAGCUGGGUGACCUUGGGCCAGUCACCCACGCUCAGCCCUGAGAAGGAGGAAAUGGCAAACCCGCUUCUGAAAAACCUUACCAGGAAAUAUGCAAGGAUUUGUCCAGGUGGUCUCCAAGAAUCAGACACAAUUGAAGGAAGACAAAAAAAAAAAAGCUUUUGUUAUAAUUUGUCAAAAUAGACCCUUGUGUGAUUAAAAAAAAAAAAAACCACUGGUGAGUGUGUGGGAAAUUACCAUGUUUUUUCCUGUUGUUUGAAGGGGAAGAUACUUUGUUCUUCUAGCUCUGCUGUUGACAAAACUAAAAUUGAUUAAGCCAUUAAAUGAUUCAGCCUAUUUAAA